AUGACCCCCGCGCGCCAUCUGCCGCGAUGCGUCCUCCAGGCAUGCAUCAGUACAGUCUACCCCAAUGACCGCCGCGAACCCACCCCAACUUACGCCAUCCCGAUACCCAAGCGACCGCGGAGGACAUGGUGGCAGACGCUGCACGGAACCGUCUUCCUCCUCGUCUUCUUCGCCGGCUGCAUCAUGAUCAACGCCGCGCAGAUCGUCCUCCUCUUCCCGCUCAAGCUCCUCUACUACGAGGGCAUCCGGUACACCAAGGGCGCGUUCGGUGCCCUGCUCGUGCUUGCGAGCCAGUGGUUCGGGCCAACCAAGCUCAUAAUCUCGUUCGAGACGGAAGGCCAGGGCAAGUUCACGCGGGAGGAGAUUGAGAGGCUGGUGGUGCGGGACAGCGGCGGACGGGUCAUCGCGCUGGACUUGCCGCGGAAGACGGUCGUGAUUGGGAACCACCAGAACAGUCUGAAGUGGAUGCCGAUCCUAGGUUGGGGCAUGCAAUUCUUCAAUUUCAUCUUCCUCGCGCGCUCUUGGGCCUCGGACCGCCUCCAGCUCGCGGCGAGCCUCUCAUGGCUCGCGCGCCGCGCAGAGGAGGAGGACUCCCCGCUCACCUUCAUCCUCUACCCCGAGGGCACGCUCGUGAGCAAGGACACGCGGCCCAUCAGCAAGAAGUACGCGGACAAGCUCGGCAUCCCCGACAUGACGAACAUGCUCCUCCCGCGGUCUACCGGCCUGCACUACUCCCUGCGCGCGCUCGCCCCGCGCAUCCCCAGCCUGCAGCUUCUCGACAUCACCAUGGCCUACCCAGGCGUGCCCCACCUCGGCUACGGCCAGUCCUACUACACCCUCCGCUCCAUCUUCUGCGACCGCACCCCGCCGCCUGCGGUGCACAUGCACCUCCGCAAGUUCGACAUCGCCCGCGGCGACGUCCCCAUCGGCGCCGUCUCCGUCUCCGCCCCGGCCGCGUCCUCGUCCUCGUCCGCGCACGCGCACACGAACGCGCCCGAGGUCGAGCUCCCCGAAGGCGAGCGCGACGCGUUCGAGCUCUGGCUCCGCGCGCUCUGGCGCGAGAAGGACAAGCAGAUGGACCGCUACCUCGAGAGCGGCUUCCUGAGCGACGCCGCCGCGACCGUCGCGGCGGAGGGUGGCCCGUGCGCGACGGCCGUGGUGCUCCCCGUGCGCUUGCGGCGCGCGUACGAGGUCCUCGACGCGUUCUGCUUCUUCGUGCCCGCGCUCGUCAGCUGGGCGUGGGCUAAGGUCGCCGUGCGCUGA